AGGCGGCAAAUAUUUCUAUGCACACACGAGGAGAAAUGCCUGGUCCAUCAAAUCCAACUCUUUGGUCUGCAGCAGUACAUCAACUUCCCCACUCACUGAGUUCCUUUCACUUCUCGGAGAAAAUGUGUCCGGCCGUGGUGACAACACUUUUGUUGUGUUGGUGCGGAGUCUCCAUGGCCGGCUUUCCAAACCAAAUCAACAUCGGUGGACUCUUCAUGCGCUCCACAGUGCAGGAGCACAGCGCCUUCAGGUUUGCAGUGCAGCUGUACAACACCAACCAGAACGUGACAGAGAAACCCUUCCACCUCAACUACAAUGUUGACAACCUGGAGUCCUCCAACAGCUUCUCUGUCACACAUGCCUUCUGCUCGCAGUUCUCCCGAGGAGUCUACGCCAUCUUUGGCUUCUACGACAGGAAGUCCAUGAACACGCUGACCUCCUUCUGCGGGGCGCUGCACACCUCCUUCAUCACGCCGAGCUUCCCCAUCGACGCCGACGCGCAGUUUGUCAUCCAGAUGAGGCCUGGCUUGCGAGGCACCGUUCUCAGCCUUCUGGACCAUUACAAGUGGGAGAAGUUUGUCUACCUUUACGACACUGAUAGAGGUUUUGCCAUCCUGCAGGCCAUCAUGGAGUCGGCGGUGGCCAACAACUGGCAGGUGACGGCUCGCUCUGUGGGGAACAUCGUGGACCCCACAGAGUACAAACGCAUCAUCGAGGAGAUGGACCGCCGGCAGGAGAAACGUUUCCUCGUCGACUGUGAGGUGGACCGGAUCAACUCCAUACUGGGGCAGGUGGUGACCGCAGGAAAAAACACCAGAGGAUACCACUAUAUCCUUGCCAACUUGGGUUUUUCCAACAUGAGCUUGGAGAGGGUCUUUUCUGGUGGGGCCAACAUUACAGGCUUCCAGAUCAUCAACCCGGACAGCGCAAUCGUGCAGCAGUUCCUCCAACGCUGGGAGCGUCUUGAUGAAAGAGAAUUUCCAGAAGCCAAAAACGCUCCGCUAAAGUACACAUCAGCGCUGACCCACGACGCUAUCCUUGUCAUCGUUGAGGCCUUCCGCUACCUUCGGCGCCAGCGUGUGGACGUGUCCCGGAGGGGCAGUGCAGGCGACUGCCUCGCUAAUCCUGCCGUACCCUGGAGUCAAGGCAUCGACAUAGAGAGAGCUCUCAAAAUGGUCCAAGUUCAAGGUAUGACAGGAAACAUACAGUUUGACACAUUUGGGCGAAGGGCCAACUACACAAUUGAUGUGUACGAAAUGAAAACCGGAGGUCCCAGGAAGAUCGGCUACUGGAAUGAAUACGAAAAAUUUGUAUAUAUAAUGGAUCAGCAGGUCACCAACGAGUCGUCUUCUGUGGAAAACCGAACAAUUGUGGUCACUACUAUUAUGGAAGCACCGUACGUGAUGUACAAGAAAAACUAUAUGCAGUUGGAUGGGAAUGAAAGAUAUGAAGGCUACUGUGUCGAUUUAGCUACUGAAAUUGCCAAACAUGUGGGGAUAAGAUAUAAGCUGUCGGUAGUUCCGGAUGGGAAGUACGGAGCCAGAGAUCCAGAGACUAAGACGUGGAACGGGAUGGUGGGUGAACUGGUUUAUGGGAGAGCUGACAUAGCCGUGGCUCCUCUCACGAUCACGUUGGUACGAGAAGAAGUGAUCGACUUCUCAAAGCCCUUCAUGAGCUUGGGCAUCUCCAUUAUGAUAAAGAAGCCUCAAAAGUCCAAACCUGGGGUCUUUUCCUUCCUGGACCCUCUGGCCUAUGAGAUUUGGAUGUGUAUAGUGUUCGCCUAUAUCGGCGUAAGCGUGGUGCUCUUCCUGGUGAGCCGCUUCAGUCCUUACGAGUGGCAUCUGGAUGAGAACGAUGAGGCCAAAGACCCCCAGAGCCCCCCUGACCCGCCCAACGACUUUGGCAUAUUUAAUAGCCUCUGGUUCUCCCUGGGUGCCUUCAUGCAGCAAGGAUGCGAUAUCUCGCCAAGGUCGCUGUCAGGCCGCAUCGUCGGAGGAGUGUGGUGGUUCUUCACCCUCAUCAUCAUCUCCUCCUACACAGCCAACCUGGCCGCCUUCCUCACUGUGGAGAGGAUGGUUUCUCCCAUCGAGGGUGCCGAGGACUUGGCCAAGCAGACAGAAAUCGCCUAUGGGACGUUGGACUCAGGCUCCACCAAAGAGUUCUUUAGGCGCUCCAAAAUAGCCGUUUAUGAGAAAAUGUGGUCAUAUAUGAAAUCGGCGGAACCGUCGGUGUUUGCCAAGACAACACCCGACGGGGUCUCCCGGGUACGAAAGUCGAAGGGCAAGUUCGCCUUUCUCCUGGAGUCCACAAUGAAUGAGUACAUAGAGCAGCGGAAGCCGUGCGACACCAUGAAAGUGGGCGGCAACCUGGACUCUAAGGGCUACGGCGUGGCCACGCCCAAAGGCUCCGCAUUAAGAAAUGCUGUUAACCUGGCAGUGUUAAAACUGAAUGAGCAAGGCCUCUUGGACAAAUUGAAAAACAAAUGGUGGUACGACAAGGGAGAGUGCGGCAGCGGGGGAGGUGACUCUAAGGACAAGACAAGUGCACUAAGCCUGAGCAACGUGGCAGGGGUCUUCUAUAUUCUGGUGGGGGGGCUGGGCCUGGCUAUGACCGUGGCGCUCAUUGAGUUCUGCUACAAGUCUCGGCAAGAGACCAAAAAACUCAAACUGGCAAAAAAUGCUCAGAAUUUUAAGCCAGCCCCUCCUGUAAAUUGCCAGAAUUUUGCCACGUAUCGGGAAGGCUACAAUGUGUACGGGACGGAGAGCGUCAAAAUCUAAAGGACAAUUGAAAAGGUGUUAAAUUCCCUGCGGGAUGAGAAGGACUGCUGUGUGUGUGUGUGUGUGUGACCCCUGACCCUUUGACCCCACACUCCUGGGCAGCGCUUCUUGCGAGCAAGGUCACAGUAACACAGGACUUUCGAGGUUCCGCUUCCUCUCGUAGUGCCUUACGGAGCGGUCAGCGUUCACGUAGAAACAUGUCGGGAUCUUCAGAGCGACCACAAGCCGCCAUUUUGAAAGGAAAAAAAAACAUCUCCAAGGACUGAUUGAAAACAUUUUUUUGUGGUGAAAUCUGAAGUUGUAUUAAUGUUAUAUUUGGUGACGUCGUUUUCUUGUUUUACUAGAAGACUUUUCAGUGUCGUUAUAUUUAGAACAUCAAUUAAGCUUUUUUUCUUUCAAACCCCCAUUUUAAAAAAAACAAUUUUUAAGAGUGAAUUCAUGCCAGUUUGAAUCACUUUGUGCCAUUUUGUAUUUAGAGACAUUUAAAAAGCCCCUCUUCGAAUGCUUUUUAUUAUGUUAACUUGGCUUCUGGUUUUCUCUGUACACUUUCAGAUGUACAGUUUGCAGCAGUCAAUUGAAACUUUUUGGCUUUUUAUUGUAAGGGCUGCAUUAAAGGCAGAUGAGCUGUACAGUACAGAAGCAAACACGUUUAUAUAAAUAAACUUUUCAAAAGGGUACAAAGCUACAAGCCAUUUGUUUGUCAAACUGACCUCAUCAUCCUUUUCUUUCACAAGUGUCCAAUUGUACUUUUUUAUCACUUAAAUUGUACCUCAAACCAUGAAAGCUGCAUGCGUGGACACAGUGAACCGUAGUGGAGAGGUCGCAUACAAAAAGAUUUUACUACAUUUCCUUAAUAAAAUCUGUUUUUUUUGUAAUAAAAACAUGUCAUAUUUGUUC